UAUAGCAACUCUCAGCGCUCAAUGGAAAAGUACUUGAAGCAAUGUUCUGCACAGGAACGAAAUGAUGGCGUACAGUGGUGCACGUUCGACUUUGAGCGUGAGUUCGGCUACGACUGCUCAAAAGCAACAAAUUAUGGCUACGACAACGGCAAUCCAUGCUUUUUGUUCGUUUUUGAAAAUGUUAGUGUUUGGUAA